AUGGACAGCACUGCUCUCCCUGUCAGUACACCCGCAGCUGCCAAGCUAGUUAAGAGAAAUUUCCUGGAGGCUCUAAAGUCAAAUGACUUCGGAAAAUUGAAGGCCAUUUUAAUCCAAAGGCAAAUAGAUGUGGACACAGUUUUUGAAGUUGAAGAUCAGAAUAUGGUUUUGGCAUCUUAUAAACAAGGUUAUUGGUUGCCUAGUUAUAAGUUAAAGUCUUCUUGGGCAACAGGCCUGCAUCUCUCUGUCUUGUUUGGUCACGUGGAAUGUCUUUUGGUACUACUGGACCACAAUGCUACAAUCAACUGUAGACCCAAUGGGAAAACUCCUCUUCAUGUGGCUUGUGAAAUGGCCAACUUGGAUUGUGUUAAGAUCCUUUGUGACCAUGGAGCCAAGCUCAAUAGCUACUCCUUAAGUGGACACACAGCUUUACACUUUUGUACAACUCCAAGCUCCAUUCUCUGUGCCAAGCAAUUGGUUUGGAGAGGGGCGAACGUGAACAUGAAGACCAACAACCAGGAUGAAGAGACCCCCUUGCACACAGCAGCCCACUUCGGCCUCUCGGAGCUGGUGGCCUUCUACGUGGAGCAUGGGGCCGUAGUGGACAGUGUGAACGCCCACAUGGAGACGCCCCUGGCUGUCGCCACCUACUGGGCCCUCCGCUUUAAAGAGCAGGAGUACAGCGGGGAGCAUCACCUCGUCUGCCGCAUGCUGCUCGACUACCAUGCCGAGGUCAACGCCAGGGAUGAUGACUUCAAAUCUCCGCUCCACAAGGCAGCCUGGAACUGUGACCACGUGCUCAUGCACAUGAUGCUGGAAGCGGGCGCUGAGGCCAACCUCAUGGACAUCAAUGGCUGUGCGGCCAUCCAGUACGUGCUGAAGGUCACCUCUGUGCGGCCUGCCGCCCAGCCUGAGAUCUGCUACCAGCUACUACUGAACCAUGGGGCUGCUCGAAUAUACCCUCCACAGUUCCAUAAGGUGAUACAGGCUUGCCAUUCCUGUCCCAAAGCAAUCGAAGUUGUAGUCAAUGCCUAUGAACACAUCAAGUGGAAUGUAAAGUGGAAACGGGCUAUCCCUGAUGAUGACUUGGAGAGAUACUGGGAUUUUUACCACUCUCUCUUCACUGUGUGCAGUAACUCUCCAAGGACUCUCAUGCAUUUAUCGAGAUGCGCCAUCCGAAGAACGUUACACAACAGAUGUCACAGAGUAAUUCCUCUGCUUUCCCUCCCAUUGUCAUUGAAAAAGUACUUGCUUUUAGAGCCAGAGGGAAUCAUUUAUUAAGCCUUAUGAGACAGAGGUUCCCAAUCCCAGAUAUUUAAGUGGACUCGCCGGGUAGACACCGUUUACAUAAAUAAAAUGGUACUUGGGUUGAUUAUAACACUUCAGGGAUUUCAAAACACUUUACAAACACUAUGUCAGGUCAUUGAUCGUAGGGUUUCAUGGUGAGGGGAGAUAAAGAAGCAAAGCAAGAAUGUAUCCAGAAGGUACAGACAGAACAAUAAUAACUAACAGGAUUACUAUAGGUGCUCUUACUAGGUGCCUGAUAUAUUUUUGUAAAAUGUUCCUAUAUUAUCUCAUUUGAAAUGGGACCCAGAGUUUCCUACAACCAAUCCCCCUUAUCAGUGAUAAGUUUACAUUACUCUUCAUUUGGCAAAAUAGCAGGCUUUGUGAUCCGCCUCUGAAUCUUGGUGCCUUUCCCCCAUUCCCACUUGGCAGAUUAUUACUGUUGCUGGUUUUGCACACUCCUGUACCCACACCGAACUCCUCACCUUGUUCUUAGCGAAGAAAGCAUGUGAAUGUAGUCCAAACGGGGAGAUCUUUUAUUCAACUUAGAAAUGAAAAACGAAGGCCAGUCCACUUAAUAGUCAGAAAUGGACAUUUCAACACACUCUCACUGAGCCAGAGACUGGAGAUGCAAAGAUGAGCCCGAAGCAAGGACUCCUGCCCUCCAGGAUCUCACCAUUCAGCAGAGGAUCUGGACAUACAAGUAGGGAACUGCAGGGUCAAAGGUCAGGGGCAAGAGUACAGGUGCUGACUCAUUCAUAGUGCUUGCCUUCCAAAGCCGUGUUUCUGACACUAAGUGUGGUUUUCUUUUAAGCAUGAAGAUGAAGUGAAGGGAUUGUGUGAUGUGGGGAGGGGGAGUGUCUCCUGCUGCUGUGAGUGGAAAUGUAAUCACUUUAAGUUUCUCCACCCAUCUAGGUAUUGUUUUAUUUCAGCAUGAUUUCCUGUUUAAUGUGAAGGGAAAGACUUAAGUUUAUUACAUUGGUCUUUUUAUGUAACAGACUGACAUUUCAGAGUAUUUUUGCUAGAAGGUCAGGAGUGCUUUGCUAGCAAUGGCUGGCUAUAGAAAGCAAAGAAAAAGACUUUAUUUUUUAAAUGAUAGAAGUUUGAAAAUGUUGGAAAGAGAAGUAUGUUAGACAGGCUUGUUAGUUAGUGGUUUGCUGAAAGAGAAAUAUAGAUGAUGGACGUCUGGACCUCAUGGUUUAUGAGGCCAGCUUGCUUCUUUUUUUUUUUUUCCUCUUGCUGAUUGCUUAGUAAUGCUUUUUAGAUGUUAGAGCAGAAGUCAUAAAGCACACACAAAUCAGUUUGCCACUUGUGAGCAGGUUUCUUUCAUUUGUGUGGUUCUCCAUCUUAUUUAACUUUAGAUGCUUGAGUUUUGAGUAGAGAUGGUCCUAUAUAAUAAAAGGCUAAUAUGCAAAUCAACCAAACAGCAGAAAGACCGGUCACUAUGAUGCACACUGACCACUAGGGAGCACACGCUCAAUCAAU